CCCCGCCCCCUCGGCGCCCACCGCGAGCUGUGAUCGCGCGCGCCGCCUCAGCGCGGCCCGAGGCUUCUCGCACCCGCGGGUCCCCGACGUUACAGCUCCACCCCCUCGCGCAGGGGCCCCAGGGAUCCCCACGGCUCGCAGGGCUCCCUCAGGCUUCCUCCGCGGCCUCUGCCAGGUCUCUCCCCGCCCCGUUACCCCUUCUCCCCGCAGUCACGAUGGCAGCAGGCGACGGCCAACUCAUCGACUUUGGAGACAGCGCUGCACAGCCGGCUCUGCCGGCCAAUGGCAGGCAGGCAUCUUCACGCCCAUCGGCCUUCCUGGCCAGUGAGGAUGGGCACGCCGGUGGCUUUGAAGCGCUGAGUUUGACCUCUGAAGAGCGCAAAGCCGAGCAGGAGUUUGAGGCGAUAGCUGCACAAGAGCUGGAGAGGGACGAGAACGAGCAAAAGCAACUGCAGGGAGGCCACCCGGCCCCGCCGGUCCCAACCAGGCCACCCCCUGAGCGCCCAGCGGCGGAGAAGGCCACCUCGCCUGUGCCAGGAUCGCGACCCCAGUUGGACCCCCAACACCCUUACUACGACGUGGCCCGCCACGGCAUCGUGGAGGUAGUAGGUGAAGACAACCUUGGGCGAAAAGUGAUCAUCUUCAGCUGCUGUCGGAUGCCACCGACACACCAGCUCAACCACCACAAGCUGCUUGAAUACCUGCGGUACACGCUGGAUCAGUACGUGGAGAGUGACUACACCCUCAUCUAUUUCCACUACGGCCUGACCAGCGAGAACAAGCCGUCUUUCCAGUGGCUGCUCAAUGCCUACCGAGAGUUUGACCGCAAGUACAAGAAGAACCUCAAGGCGCUCUACGUUGUGCAUCCCACCAACUUCAUCCGUGUGCUGUGGAGCUUCCUGAAGCCCUUCAUCAGCUACAAGUUUGGCCGCAAGGUGAUGUACUUCAACUACCUGAGCGAGCUGCACCUGCAGAUGAAGGACCCCAUGCUCAUCAUCCCACCGGAAGUUGUGAGGUUUGAUGAAGAGAAAAACAAGAGGUCAAAGGUGAUGGCUCCCACAGCCACCCAGGCGAGCGUUGUCGCUGACAUUCCGGCCACACAGCAGUUCGGAGUUGGCCUGAAGAGGCUGGCCGAGAAUAGUGGGCAGCUCAUCCCCCUGGUGGUGAGGGAUACGGUGGCGUACCUCAAAGAGCAUGGCCUGCAGACAGAAGGGAUCUUCCGGCGUUCUGCAAGUACGCAGGCGCUCAGGGAAACGCAAGAGCGCUACAACCGCGGACAGCCGGUGGACUUCCAAGCCCUGGGUGACGUGCACCUGGCUGCGGUCAUCCUCAAAACAUUCCUGCGGGAGCUCCCGGAGCCCCUUCUCACCUUCAGCCUCUUUCCCUACAUCAUCAGCGUUCAAGGCCUCGAGAAGGAUGCGCGCGGAGCCGCCGUCGUGGAGAUGGUGAAGAAGCUCCCGGAGGAGAACCGUGCCGUCCUCAAUCACCUGCUCGACUUCCUGAAGCUGGUGGAGCAGCACAGCGGCGUCAACAAGAUGUCGGGGGAGAACUUGGCCAUCGUGUUCGGCCCCAACCUGGUGUGGGAGCGCGAGCGGUCGCUCAACCUCGCCACGAUGGCGCCGGUCAACAACUUCGCGCUCGUCCUGCUGCAGAGCCACGGCCAAGCGGUCCCUCGCCCCGUGCGGCCGCCGCCGCCGCCGCCCACCGCCGCCACCGUGACGCCCGCGGCCUCUCCGUGAACUCCGUGGACUCGCUCACUUUCGUGUGCCCUUGGUUGUUCGUCUCUCUCCGACCACGUCUUGUUUUCUGCUUUCUAGGUAAUGAUUAAAGCCAAGUGUAAAAUUACCAACCCGCCCCUCCCCUAUUUUCUCACUAAAUAUCACAAAUGUGUGCAAUUAAAAGCACACUUUUGCUAAGGAACCUAAAUGUUUGGUAAUGUUGAUGAAUUUGACGACCGCAUUGGGACAAUUGUAUUGACAGCAACCUGUCUGUUAAAUGUCGACAUGCAUCGUUCAUCGCAGUUUGCCCAGAUUGAAGAUGGCUCCACCUUGGGAAGAGGCCCCUGUGGUGGUGCAUGGCAGUCGCGAGCGAGCGCUAUCAAGAGUGAGCUCCGACCGAAACAAAUCGGAACGAGUGCUUCCCCACAUUCGCUUGCUCGAAAGGUCGAUUGAAAGGCUUAGCCCCUUACCUGCCAUGCUGCAGUACACACUUCACAAGGCAUUCCUCCCUUAAGCCGCAGCUGAGACAGCUUGCAUGGAACUUUGUCCUUGCGCCUUUUUUGAUUGAAACAAUUGUGCGUGUGGUGCUCCAGUUUAUCACGAGCACUAUGGCAACAUGGAAGAUGACCACAUCCAGGGCAAUGUGGCACAGCCACUGAUAAGGAUUGCCUUUGAGGAAUGUGUCUUGCAUGUAUGGGCUCGCUCUCUGGGUAGUCUCGUCGCCUUCCCUGCAUGCAAGAACAUAACCCUAAAAUGGUAUGGACAUCUCAAGCGCAGGAUCUUUGGAGAGAAAAACUUUAAACUUUCCAAAUUCUUAGUUGAAAGCAUUCCUGAGUAAAUGCAAUACACGUUUGUGUUGGGUCAGCAUUGGGACACAGCCCAGGAGGAGCUUUAUUACCCUGUUCCUGUCUGACCUGGAGACUUGACCACACAGCUUUGAAGGAACGGGAACAAAGGGGUGUCAGAUGCAGAGAGGGACCCACUUUUGAUUAAUGUCUUUGUUGCACGAUUUUCAGUUUUGACUUAAAUCACUUCCGCGGGUAGCUGUGUGUACGUGCAUCUCCGUCCCAUCGCCUUAAUCGCCGAGGAAUUUGCGUGCCAUUUGUAAACAUUAAAUGCAGUGGCCUGAUGUGAAUUUGUUUAAAAGGGUGCAUUUAAAGACUUGCCUAUAGACCCCCAAAGACGUUGAUAUCGAGCAGAGAAUCGCGUGCAGGCCAAUCGGUGCCCACACAGACUGGAUUGUGAUUGGUAUAGCGGGUUUAUCAGUGUAGUUGGUGUGGAAAAAGUGAAAAGUUUGUGCAGUGGAGCUUGUGGUUUAGGUGAAGGUGGUUGGAGUGGACCAUGAAAGAUGGAUUUGACAGACUUUUU